GCGUGCUAAGAAUUAAUAGAAAACGGAACCAUCGACAACAAGAGAAAAACUUGAAUACAAUAAACAAUCAUAAAUUUGAGUAACUAAAACUAUCGAUAUGGGUUCGCUUCCACAGCUAUCGAUUGUGAAGGGCCAGCAGCAGGAUUACGUGCCCCGAGCUCUGCAUCGCAUCUUCGAAGAGCAGCAACUGCGUCAUGCCGAUAAGGUGGCGCUCAUAUAUCACCAGGGACAGGGUCAGUCCCUGGCACCCAGCCAGAGCAGCUAUCGUCAGAUGAACGAGCGUGCGAAUCGUGCCGCACGCCUACUCGUCGAGGAAGCCCACGGACGUUUCCUGCAGCCAAACAGCGAUGGUGACUUCAUUGUGGCCGUUUGUAUGCAGCCAUCGGAGGCACUGGUCACCACAUUACUAGCCAUUUGGAAGGCGGGCGGUGCCUAUCUGCCCAUCGAUCCGAGCUUCCCGGCUAAUCGUGUCCAUCACAUAUUGCUAGAGGCUAGACCGAUUCUAGUAMUACGUGAUGAUGACAUCGAUGCUCAGCGUUUCCAAGGCACGCCCACGCUAUCGUUGACUGAACUGUAUGCGAAGUCGUUACAACUAAGCGGCGGCAAUCUGCUCUCGGAGGAGAUGUUGCGCGGUGGGAACGAGCACAUUGCCAUCGUGCUGUAUACCUCGGGCAGCACAGGUGUGCCCAAAGGCGUGCGUCUGCCCCAUGAGAAUAUAUUGAAUCGCUUGCAGUGGCAGUGGGCCACCUUUCCUUACACGGCCAAUGAGCAGGUAGGCGUGUUUAAGACAGCGCUCACCUUUGUCGACUCCAUUGCGGAGCUAUGGGGUCCUCUUAUGUCCAGCAGCUUCUUCGACUACUUUGAUGAGGGAGUGCACAGACUGUACAACUUCUACGGCUCCACCGAGGUGAUGGGCGAUGUGACCUACUUCGCCUGCGAGAGCAAGAAGCAGCUUAGCAUGUACGACAAUGUGCCCAUAGGCGUACCCGUAUCAAACACUGUUAUCUAUCUGCUGGAUGCGGACUAUCGUCCGGUCAAAAAUGGAGAAAUAGGCGAAAUCUUUGCUUCAGGUUUGAAUCUGGCUGCGGGUUAUGUGAAUGGUCGUGAUCCGGAACGCUUCCUCGAGAAUCCGUUAGCUGUGGAGAAGAAAUAUGCGCGUCUGUAUCGUACCGGUGAUUAUGGCUCGCUGAAGAAUGGGAAUAUCAUGUAUGAAGGACGCACUGACUCGCAAGUGAAGAUACGCGGGCAUCGGGUCGAUUUGUCUGAGGUGGAGAAGAUCGUGGCCGAGCUGCCACUGGUAGAGAAGGCCAUAGUACUUUGCUAUCGGGCCGGACAUGUGGAUCAGGCCAUCCUCGCCUUUGUCAAGCUGCGCGAUGAUUCACCUGUGGUCACUGAGAUGCAACUGGAAGGCAGGCUCAAGGAUAAGUUGGCUGAUUAUAUGACACCACAGGUGAUCAUAUUGGAGCAUGUGCCGCUCUUGGUCAAUGGCAAGGUGGAUCGCCAGGCCCUGCUCAAAACCUAUGAGACGGCCAACAAUAACGAAGGCGAUUCGAGCAUCGUACUCGACUUUGACUACAGCCAGGUGCCCGAGGAGCUGAAAUUGACGGCACGUGACCUAUUCGAGACGGUGGGCGGUGUCAUUGGACGCUCUACACGAGCAAGUCUUUCGCCUCGUAGCAACUUCUACGAGCUGGGUGGCAAUUCACUCAACUCCAUCUUUACCGUCACCCUACUGAGGGAGAAAGGCUACAACAUUGGUAUCUCCGAGUUCAUAGCGGCGAAAAAUCUGGGAGAGAUUAUCGAAAAGAUGGCUAGCAACCAUGAUUCAGUACAACUGGAAGAGGAGACGCUCAAUGCAUGCCCGCACCUUAAAAUGGAAGCGGUACCUCUCAAACUAGAGCAUCGUCAGGCUGUGAUUGACAUAAUCGUAUCCAGUUUUUACAACAAGGCAGAUUUGGAACAGUGGCUGAAGCCUGGUGUUUUGCGCACAGAUUACAGUGAUUUGCUUAAUGAAAUUUGGACCGUUCUAGUGGAGAGGGAACUCAGCUUUGUGGUAUACGAUCGAAAUACUGAACGCAUCAUCGGCACCGCUCUUAACUUUGACGCGCGCGCCGAGCCUGAGGUGGACAUAAAGUCCGAGCUGAUCAUUAUUUUUGAGUUUCUAGAGUUCUGUGAAGGACCCAUACGAGACAAUUAUUUGCCCAAGGGCUUGAAUCAGAUAUUACACUCAUUCAUGAUGGGCACCGCCGAACAUCUUAAUCCUCGCGAGAAUAUUGCUUGCAUGCACUUCAUGGAGUACGAGGUGCUAAACGUGGCACGCAAUAAAAAAUUCGCCGGCAUCUUCACCACCAAUACUAGCCCUCUGACGCAACAGCUGGCCGAUGUCUACCAUUACAAGACGUUGCUCAAUUAUCAGGUCAACGAGUAUGUCAGCUCUAAUGGCAGUCGGCCUUUUCGGGAUGCACCAGACGAACAGCGCGCCAUCGUCCACUGGAAGGAGGUGGCCAGCAAGUAGAAUGUAUC